GUCGAUCACCUGUUUGAUGGAAGGUCUCACACGGAAAUCCGGCUGAGCACAAGCAAGUCCCACGAUCAACAGUUGUUUCAUCUCUUCUCUCUUGAAAUUUUGCCGCAAUUUCGGGUCCGCAGCCUCCUCCACACUCCUUCGGCGAUUUCCAAGCAUACUAUGCCGAAGCUGUAGAUGUCGGAUUCUUUACUUGCCACGCUGCUUUCCAGCCACCGCUGGCCUUGUGAGUCAAGGGAAGACCAAGCAAAAGCAUAUAAUCAAGGCACUUAGCUGUGAACAAUUUAAUCCUAAUAUUCAACCCUUCCAACCUUUUUGAAUCCCCACUUUAUGAGACAUUUUGAUUUUGGAUGGUAGUAAUAAAGUAUAUCACUUCAAUCAUUUUCAUGUCCCAUUCCAAAAUUUGCCCAAUAUUUGGUUCGGAUUUUCCAGUUUUAUGUAUAUAAAAUAAAUGAGUGGUGAUAGUAUAGGCUCUUAAUUAUUCAAUUUUGUCACAGUAGUUUUGGACAUUGCUUGACUUCCUUCUCCGCCGUGUGUAUUCUUUCAACUUUGAGGACAAACAUGAACACAAAACAUCCAAAACAGAGAAAUCAAACUUCAAAAAAAAAAAAAAAAAAUUAUGUGCAUGAAAUUGAAAUCAGUAACUUCAAAGAAUCGAAAAUCUCCAAUCAAUUGAUGAAAUCUUAAAAAAUUCUUGGACGGUUCAAGAAAUUGAAAUCGGUAAACAAUUGAACCCAAUUGUAAUUGAAUUGAGAAAUCAAAACCUUCAAGGUCGAUCUACAAGAAACACCAUCAAAAUCUUCAAGUGUGGGGAACUGUGAGGGGAGAGAAUAGGUAAUGGGGGCUUCGAACUUCAUCACAUGAAUCGCUUGUCUUAUUGAUGGUCUACAAUUUAUAUCUGGAUGAGCCACACCACAGGCCAACAAGUCAACAACCAUCAAACACUCAAUCUGUUGUUGCUGUGGCAGUUCAUCCUCAAACCUUCCAUUUCAAGAAGCCUUCCAUGGCCAUAAAGCUCCCAAUCCCACUUGACCAUCACCAUUUACCAUUAUCUGACUACUCUCUGUGUGUUUAAAUGAUAGUCUAGCAUAUGUGGCAUCAACCUUUGCAUGCAUGACUUAAUCUAAAGCCGCCAUUUGGAUCAUGGAAUGGUUCAAAUGUUGAUCAAACAUACAGAGAGCGUUAAAAACAACCAUGUAGUAAACGCAAAUUAGCAUUCAUGAAGAGAAGUUUUUAGCAAUUAAGCUAAAAAAUUCAUCUAACUCUGAAAUUACAAGAAUUUAGUAUAACAUGGCUUCUGUAGAAAGAACCAUAUUAACUAUUAAGAAUGCAGGAAUACAUGAAAUACUACACGAAUACACGAGGGAAAUUAAAGAAGAAGCUGUUAUAUGGUUUUUCGUCAUGUCUUCAAGAUGGAUUUGACCUCCAACAAUCUUCCAUCGCUCCUGCAUCAAGGUGUGACUCCAAACUAUGUUCUAAACACACUCUCUAGGCCUCAAAACGUCACUGCCAUAGAGUCGUAGAGCGUCACAAUGCUGCCCUGUUUUGGGCAGUUCUCGGUGUUUUUCUUCCCUCCUUUUCAUGUUUUGCUCGGUUUUGACUUCUUUUGCAAAGUUGGUCCAUUUGAGCUCUUUUUGCUCUUAUUCUUGAUCUCGAACAUAACUCAGGUAAAUCAUUGAAAAACAACAUCAAAUCUAAUUAAAUCGUGCACAACCAACUCUAAAUGAAAGACAAAUAAAAGCACUUUUUAGGUGCUUUUCAAGAUUCACAAUAUGUUAUUAGCCGUGUGUUGACUUGUCCUUGACACAAAUGAUAGAAGUAUUAGUGAUAUUAAAGUAUAUCGUUCAUAUCUAGGUUCUUGAAAAUUGAUUUUGGUAUAUCUACAAAUUUUUAAAUUUGGUAGAUUGAGAUAUACUUUCUUUUGCCUUAUUUUCCAAUUUGUACAUUGACCCUGUUUUCCACAAGUCGUUGGUUGAACAAAGAAAUUUCCUCGUCCACUCCAUUAAUUUGCUUGCCAUCGUUAUUUCUUGUAAAUCCUUUUCCUAACAUUUUCCAAAUGGAAGAUUUUCCUCUUGGGAUUGGACUAACUUAACAGAUCUUCUUCCCCAUCUGAUCUUUCUCUACUUCUAGCUCUAAGCAGUCGCCCAUGGCUGCACAAAAUAAUCUUCUCAUUCAUUUGUUCUUUCUUGUUCCAUUUGCAACUUCUUUAUCUUUCAAUUUCACCUCUUUCAAUCAAGGUAAUGCCGACAUGAUCUACGACAGAACAUUCCCAACAAACCAAGUAAUUGAGCUCACUGGAGACUCAUCAAACAACAAUAUGAAUUUUGUUGGACGAGCUACGUAUUCGCAACCAUUGCAUCUUUGGGAUGAAGGCUCUGGAAACAUGUCAAGUUUCCAAACUCAUUUCUCCUUUGCCAUCAAUUCAAGAGGAAGAGCUAACUAUGGUGAUGGCCUUACCUUCUUCUUUGCUCCCAAUGGUUCUAUCCUCCAGGCCAACAUCUCAAGAGGCAGUGGCUUAGGUAUUGGCUAUGAUCCCGAGUUAUGGAAUGGGACUGCCACGUUUUUUGCAGUUGAGUUUGAUAUCUACAGCAACAAUUUUGAUCCACCUUUCGAACACGUAGGUAUCGAUAUUAAUUCGAUGAAAUCUAUUGCGUAUUCGAGAUGGAAAUGUGAUAUCAUGGGAGGGAAGAGGAAUGAUGUUUGGAUUAACUAUGAUUCCGAUACUCAUAAUUUGAGUGUUGUUUUUAGUGGGUUUGAGAAUAAUAAUACUCUGUUGCAACACCUUCACCAUGUUGUAGAUUUGAGGUUGAAUCUACCUGAAUGGGUUACUUUUGGUUUUUCUGCUUCUACUGGAUAUGAAUAUGCAACUCACUCUGUAUAUUCUUGGUCUUUUCACUCAACCCUUGAGUUGACCCUUGAACCAACCUUCACUACUGAUCCCAACUCGGUUGCAAGUGCCCCAAGUCCUGGCCCAAGCUUGCCUCCAAACAAUAAUGAUGGUAGCACUAGCAAGACAGGUCUAGAAAUUGGAUUGGGCAUUGCUGGAGGAGUUAUCUUUGUGGGUGGGUUAGUGAUCGUUUGGAUUAUUGUUUGGAAGAAGAUGGCAGCGAUGAAGAACAUAGAGGAGGAGAUUAUGUUGGAUGACUCCGAGUUCGAGAAGGGUAAAGGACCUCGACGGUUUUUGUAUAAGGAAUUGGCUCGAGCAACGAACAACUUUAAGGAGGAUAAGAAGCUUGGCGAAGGAGGAUUUGGUGGGGUUUAUAAAGGUUUCUUAAGGGAACUGAACUGCAAUGUUGCUGUGAAGAGAAUAUCAAAAGGGUCUAAACAAGGGAUAAAGGAGUAUGCAUCUGAGGUGAAAAUCAUAAGCCAAUUAAGGCAUAGAAACUUGGUUCAACUAAUUGGUUGGUGUCAUGAGAAAGACGAACUUCUAUUGGUUUAUGAAUUCAUGCCAAAUGGAAGCUUAGAUACCCAUCUUUUCAAACCAAACAAUUUCCUGACAUGGGAGUUAAGGUACAAAAUCGGUCAAGGAAUUGCCUCUGCUUUACUGUAUCUUCAUGAAGAAUGGGAAAUGUGUGUGCUGCAUAGAGAUAUAAAGUCAAGUAAUGUGAUGUUGGAUUUGAACUACAAUGCAAAGCUUGGAGAUUUUGGGUUGGCUAGGUUAGUGAACCAUGGCAAAGGUUCACAAACAACUGCUCUUGCUGGGACACUCGGUUAUUUGGCUCCUGAAUGUGCAACAACAGGAAGGGCUACAAAGGAAACAGAUGUGUAUAGUUUUGGGAUUGUUGCUUUGGAAAUUGCUUGUGGAAGAAUGCCAUUCAAUCCCAAUGUAGAGGAAGAGAAGAUGGUUAUGGUUGAAUGGGUUUGGAAGCUUUAUGGCUGUGGGAAGGUUCUAGAUGCAAUUGACUCAAAACUUAGAAAAGAAAUUAGAUCAUUUGGAGAUGAGGAGAAGAUGAUGGAGUGUUUGAUGGUGGUGGGUCUAUGGUGUGCUCAUCCAGAUAGCAAUGCUAGGCCUUCAAUAAGGCAAGCCAUUAAUGUGUUGAACUUUGAAGCACCAUUGCCAAUUCUUCCUUCUCACUUGCCAGCACCCACUUAUGAUUUUAGACCAAUUGCUUCUUCAUCUACUUCAUCUUCAACAACUCAAAGUGGCGUUGCUUCUCUUGCUAGUAAUAGUUCCAACUUAUAGUCUUGGUUAAGGUUUUUCUUUUUCUUUCUUUAGAUAGUUUGUUAUUCAAAUUAUCUUAUCAAUAAUAGAAGAGUCUCUUAGCCUUUUUGGUAUUGAGGUAAUUUAAAGAGAGAAACAACGAGAACAAACACCAACCCGAACAAGCAAAGAACCAUAUCAAGCACUUCCUAGGUCCCUAAUCAAACAAAAUGAUUUUCUCUUUAAAACCAGCUUGCUAAUUUGUAGAUAUUUCGAUUCACUUUUCUGAAAACAACGCAGAGAUUAAUAGUA